UUAAAUUAAAUCAUAGUUGUUUGAAGAGAAAGAAAAUAAAUUAAUAGAAAAGAUGAAAUAUGUUAAUAAAUUGUAUCUGGGAUAUGUGUUUCGAAACAGUGAAUUUGGAAUCUUCAUUAAAUUCGCUCUUACUUUCUCUUUUUUGAAUCAUUCAAAAUAACGAAGAGCGUUGUGUCAUUCCCUUUCUUUCUUUCUCCAUUCAUUAAUUUUUUGAUCCUCGAAUAAUUUCUUUCAAUUUCUCUCUUCUUUCCUUUUUUUCCAGAAUGAAUCAUAUGCAAUGCAUAUCGCUAUGCUUGAUGGCGCUUGUUCUUGGACAAGCAGCCACUCUGCCACAGCACACUCAGUAUCCGCAACAGUUCCAACAGCAGGUCAGAGACGAGAGGAAAUUCGCAGAAAAGCCGAAUGCAAUGAAGAAGGUCGCCCUCGAUGACCUAGACGACAUUAGUACCAAUCAGAUUCAAGUAAAUUAUCGUUACAUUCAAUUUCUACAAUAUUUCAUUCAAUUAUUCCCUCCUUCUUCACGUUUCAUUCUCCUCAAAAUCAUCAUAAAUCUUCAUAAAUUGUUGACGAAUCCUCUUCCGUUUGAUCAGGAAGGUGGCAGUACCGGGUUCUCGUGGUCGAACAUGUUGAGCAUGCUGAUGCAGAUGAUCCUGGGUCAAACGGGCGGAGUGACGGGCCCGAGCAAGAACGAGAUCGACGACGGGGCACCGGCAAGCCCCUGGGCAAAUUUGUUGUCUGUGGGGCUGAGGGUGCUCACCGCUCUUUUAGGAGGUCCUCAACAGUCCGUGGACGGUAUCGACAAGGUUGAUAACCAAAGCAGUCCCAUGCAGGGCAUUUUGACUGCGGUGCUGGGCGCGUUUCUAGGACAGGGCAGAGAUCCCGAUCAGGUUGCUGUUAUGGCUAAAAACGCUUCCGAGUUCAUCAGCAUAGUGAUCAAUCUAUUGGACGCGUUGAAGACAUCGUUCUCUCAUCGUUCUUUGACGGCCAGAUCAAUGGGAAGACGGGAUACAGUUUCGGAAGCUGCCGUCGCCUCCAUUUCCAUGCUAAAGGGCUACAUGAGAUCAGUGAAAUCGUUUAACAACGUUGGCCGUGCCGAGGACGAAGGUCAACGUGGAUGCGCCGAGAGAGCCCUCUGCGAAGCGAGUGCGGAAUGCGUAGCGGAUGCUCAAGGAACGUCAUCUAUCUUCUGUCAACUUGGAUCAUACGCGACGAGCUAUCUUCUCCAAAGACAAAGCGGAGUAGGUUUCGAGGCGCUGUACGAGGCUGGACGACGCGGGCGCACCGGCGAGGACUGUAGAACCCUGUUCAUGGAUUGCAACGCCGUAUGAAAACCCGUUUCGAGUCCGUUCAAGUACGAUUUAGAUGGAGCUGGAUUGAUACCUGAUACUUUCAAUUCUUUCGAUUUUUUUUAAAUCAAAUUCGACGAGGGAUUCCAUUUGAAAUUUCGAAGAAGAAUAUUGGAAUUUUACGGAAUUUGUUAUUAAACCAGAUAUCGCAUCCUAAGGUUUAAAUCGUAUUGGAGACCGACGAAAGAGUAGCUUUAUGUUCGAGAACCGUAUCGAGACCAAACCACACAAUGGCCAUCUUCUGCUCGAGCCUCUCGUUCGACGAAUUGUCUACGUCUCAUCGAUCGAAUUGGUAUCAUUUUCUUAGAAGUUCGAAUUUCAAGUUGAAAAAUAUAAUUGAAAUGAAACCGCGAUUUAAUUAGAAUCUACGAAACUGUAUAGAGUAAUUUCUUGAUUAAUGAUUCGCAAUACCGGUGAUUUAUACGAAACUUUCUAAAAGUCUUCCAGAAUUUCUGAAUUCCUUAUUUGCGCGAAAGGAGUUCGUGACAGAGCUGAAAGAAGAGGCCGUGCACUCUAGCGGGGAACGUAUACAUUUUAAUGUAGAAGUAGACUGAAUGAGAUUCCAGAUCUGGACAAACCAUGUAUCGUUUGAAUAGAUCUCUACGAUAAUCAUGAUAUUUAUUUCUAUUUAUUGAAAGACAUAGAAUUAGCGCGUAAUCGAAACCCGAAGAACUACUAUGUAAAGGAAAGACAAGUUUUUUCAUUUAAAAUCAAUUUCCAUUUAAAAAUGUUUACGAUAUAUUUAUAUCUCAAUCCAAAUCAGUUUUGAUUCUUUCAACUUGUCUUUUCUUCGUUUUCUAUUGUCAUGUUCAAGCCAAUCCUUCAUAUUUAAUUUUUCACUUAUUCGCAUUCAACGAGACAUUUUCUUCAUUUUGUGGAGGAAGAUGAUUUUAAAAUAGUUGAAAGUUUGAAAUCUGGUAAAUCAUUUCACGUUUCUUUAACUCCUUUCUAAUAUUGUUCGAGGAGGAGUUCAAGGAAAUUUGAAUUCUCUUUUCUUUUAUAUUUGUACGAGUUAACGUCUCAGGAUAUUGUGUUUGUUUCAUCACCCGCUAAAAAUUUUUCAUUGUAUAUAAGCGUUAUAUAUGUAUACACAUAAAUACACAUACACGGGUGGAGUUUUUCACAAUAGCCAAGAUCUAUUUAGCUCAGUUAGCGUAUCACUUAGAUGUAAGUUGUAUGUAUGAUGUAUGCGGUACGAUGACAUUUAAAUUGAA